AUGCUGCAGUCAGCCGACUCAUUGCUACAGACUGCUCUUUCGUCAGAUGACGAGGCUUUGUUAUCCAAGCAAACUGAAGUGCUGGUAGAUUCUGCAGAACUCGAAUCGAUCUAUCCUCAAGAGCGUGUGUUGACUGAUGCUGUUCAUUCCAUUGACAUACAGGAUGGAAAUCCCUUUGCCAUGACAGAUCCACAAUGGAGUCUAGCUUCUCAUUACCAUACAUUUCCUGCACUUUUAGAUAUGACUUCCAUGUCCUCGCUUGCAACUGACAAUACCUAUGGUGCUACUGCCACAAACACUGUUGCAUCACAAGAAUCGCUACCAAUGAGUGCCUGUAGUCAUGACAUACACACCAUGAACAGCGACUAUCAUUGCAUAUCGCAGACGUGUGAACUUGACCGAUCGCAACAUCUCAUGUCUACCAAUCAACAAUUGAUUCCAUAUGUCAAUGGCGCAGCUUCUCUUGAUCUUCAAUCCACCCAGUUGUCUCAACAGUUGUCUUCCUCAUCAACCCCUUUGUUACUUGAAAGCAGGCGAUUACACUUGUCUAAUCCCAAUGCGUCCAUUCCAUCCUCUUAUCGCGACAAAAUAUCGGUAAUACAAGCCAUAUCACAUGCUAUUACAAACUCUAUUGGAAUUGGGUUUUUGAUGCUACCUUAUGCCUUUUCUCUUUCUGGCUGGAUUGUUGGUAUACUUGCAAUUCUAUUAACAGGAAGUCUUGUUCAUUGGGUAUCACAGCUGGUAUCUCGCUGCGUUUUACUUUUCGAUCGGCAUCGUCGCUCUCCACAUCAAGCCAUCCGCAUUCUACAUACAUCUUCAGAAAUCUAUGCCACUGAAAUGUCACUUUUACUUGCUUUGAAUAUAAAUCCAUCUCAUUUCAAGUUUGGUUGUAUACAUGUAUCUACCAUGGCUCCACUUGUAAAGCAUAUCUUGGGUCGGCCCACUUGGCUAGUAUUCAACAUUAUGGAUGGGCUGCUCAAGUUGGGGUCGUGUAUACUCAUGGCUGUAGUGAGCUCAAUGCUUAUACUUGAAACUUGCUCUCAUCCACUUUCAAAACUCCACACAGAUCCAGAAUCUGUAUGUUGGAUUCAAAUUCCAUUCAUGAUGACACCCAUCUCUAUUGAUCAGACUUGGUCAAAAUUUAUGCUAUCCAUUCUUGUGUUUCCCCUGUUGCUAAUGCCGUUUCAUCGUUUACGCAUGUUUACCUCUAUAAUCGGAAUGGUGUCUAUUACCAUUGCAUUUAUGUGUGUUAUCAGUGGUAUGAUUUACUGCAUCAUCAAUGAGAUUGAACAGGGUAAUAGCAUGAACAAGGUGAUGGAUGAUGCAUUCCAAAGAGUAUUGGAUCAAACUACAAUCUGGCCUACCAAUCUAUCCAAUGUAAUGCAAUCCACACUCAUAAUCCUGCUAUCUUUUAUGACUCAUGAUAUUUACCCUGAUCUACAAAGAGAGAUGCAUACACCCAUACGAUUUAAGCGCGUAGUUUCUAUUUCUGUUCAAAGUGUGAUGGUUAUGGAUCUUGUCUUUGCAGUGAGCGGAUAUGCGUUUUAUGGAAACAAGUCAAUGAAACUGGUAACGGGGAAUUUUAUCCAAGAACUUGGUGGACAUACCUAUAUCAUGUCGAUUGCGAUAGUGAUGUUGGCAAUCAAUGUGAUGUGCAGAUAUGCGAUGGGUACACACUCGGUAUGCACGUGGAUUGAGACUGUGAUGGCAACAAGACGAAACCGUCAUGAGUCACAUGAAAAUAGAAAUUCAUAUGAAGAUCAAGAAUGUAGGCAUCAGUGCCAUGCCGGUGUGCGUGGUAGUAUUUUGAUUGGAAUGACGUGUCUUGUUGCACUUGGAUUGGAUAUCCAAUGGAUAGUGACAAGUGUGUCGACACUUGGAUUAGGAGUAGGCAUUGUAAUACCCAUAAUGUGCUAUGUACGACUAUUCUGCUUAAUUCCAUGA